CAAACAACUCAUAGCAUCCAUAGAUUCUCUUAUUACCAAAACAGUUCCCACAAACACCAGCAAGAAAAAGAAAGGCGUCAUCCAAUGGAUUUUGCAUCUUCUUCAUCGUUCACAGUAGAUUUUGCCUUUGAAAAUGAAUUGGAUCUCUCGAGUUUGUUAACGCCUCCAACGUUCACAUUCCAAGAACCUAAUCCAUCUAAUCUGAUCUUUCAUUGUGCCGGUACUGAAAACGUGGGAAGGCAAAGGACACGUGAGACGACCGUGACAGAUGAAACCACAAAAGAAGAGGCUGAGCCCAAGAACAAGAGAGCGAAACAUAGAGAGAUUGAGAAACAAAGAAGGCAAGAAGUCACAUCUCUUUUCAAACACCUAAGAUAUAUAUUGCCAGCUCAAUAUGUUAAGGGUAAGCGUUCUUCGUCAGAUCACGUUCACGAAGCUGUGAAUUACAUCAAAGACCUAGAAAAGAAGAUCAAAGAAAUCAGCGAGAAAAGAGAUCGAAUCAAGAGAUCUAUUACUCAUCCAUCUUCAGCAGGAUAUUGUCCUAUAAGAUCAUUAGCAUCAUCACUAUCGUUAUAUUGUUCUUGUGUUGGAGACACACAUAUCGAUGUUAAGGUGAGGACUUGUUUGGUCGGUAUCGAGAUAGUAGCAAGUUGCUGUUUCAGACACGAUUCUUGUCUCUCGAGUGUUCUUCAGCUUCUGGUUCAAGAACAAUGCUUUGAUGUCGUUAGUUGCAUCUCAACUAAACUGCACCUAAGAUUCAUACACACCAUUGUUUUCAACAUGUCGGAAUCUUCGGAAUCUCCGCUUGUCCUCGUUCACCGCCCACCUACUCUAGCUUACAUGGACGACCACCUCAAACGUAACUUCCGUCUUCUCAACGCUCACCUCUCACCGGAUCCGCUACCCAUCUUCCUCUCCCGCCACGCCUCCUCCGUCACUGCCUUCGUCAACAUCGGCAGGCUCAAGAUAGACGCUGAGCUUCUCUCCCUCCUCCCUUCUCUCAAGCUUCUCGUCUGCACAAGCGUCGGAACCGAUCAUGUUGAUCUUGCUGAAUGCAAGCGUCGUGGCAUCGCUGUUACCAACGCUGGAGACGCCUUCUCUGAUGACGUGGCGGAUUGCGCUGUCGUGUUGUUGAUAAGUGUUCUCCGUCGUAUUCCGGCAGGAGAUCGUUACGUCCGGUCUGGUAGUUGGGAGAAACUGGGGCGGUUCCGACUAGGCAGCAAGGUAAGUGGAAAGCGUGUUGGGAUCAUUGGAUUUGGGAGUAUCGGAUCCCGUGUUGCUAAAAGACUCGAACCCUUUGGAUGCAUCAUCUCUUACAACUCGAGAACUCAGAAACAGAGCAUUCCUUACCGUUACUACCCUGAUGUUCUCUCCUUGGCAGCAGACAACGAUGUCCUCGUGCUCUGCUGCUCUCUGACGGAGCAAACGAGGCAUGUUGUGAACAGAGAAGUGAUGGAGUUGCUUGGGAAGGACGGCGUUAUUAUCAAUGUGGGGCGAGGAGGACUGAUUGAUGAGAAGGAGAUGGUGAAGUGUUUGGUGGAAGGUGUGAUCGGUGGUGCUGGUUUAGAUGUGUUUGAGAAAGAACCACAAGUUCCUGAGGAGUUGUUUGGUAUGGACAAUGUUGUCUUGUCUCCACAUGCUGCUGUGGCCACGCCUGGGGCUUUGGAAAGUGUUGCUGAGGUUGCUAUAGCUAACUUGAAGGCGUUUUUCUCGAACCAGCCUUUGGUUUCCCCGGUUCAAUUGGGUUGAGAGCUCGUCCGGUUUGAUCAAAGAAGGCUUAUAAUCAAAUCUAUUUAUUAGGAAUAUGAUUUGUAAAUAUUGUAUAUCUUUGAUAAGUGGUUAAUCUCUAUUGUACUGUGGAACCACUCCCCAUUCAUUUUGUAAUCUCUACGGCUUUAUAUGCCAAACUCUGAUGAAUGAGAACACUGAGGAGUUUCACAAAUU